AAGGACUUCCCUUGGGCGUGAGGGAAGUCAGGCGCCCCGUCCGGGGAAGAGGACCAGGAAACUGCUUCUUGUUUUCCCAGCAGCAGCAGCAGCCCCAGGCUCUCAGGACGGCUCUGGGAGGCCGUGGAGGUCGCGGGCUGGCGGGCACCGGGCAGCGGCGGGGCUGGACUGGGCACAGAGGCUGGCCGGCCGCAGCCCUGGCCCUGAGUCCUGCUCGGCUCUCCCGUCACAGGGUGUGAGGCUCCUCUUGGAGACCACAGGACAAAUGGCCUCACCGCGGGAACCUGGACGCUUUUAGGCGGCUGGCCAGGGCAGGCACCGGCGUGGGACUGCGGUGCUUGGCAGGCAAAGCCACUCAAACUUGAAGAAAUGAGAUUCCCAAGGAGAACCGCUUUGUGCUUCAUGAUUAUGGUGGUUCAUUCUUCCCAGGCUACACUGAACUUGAAUUUAGAGUCUGUUGUUCAUCCUUUGAUUCUUCGUGAGCACGGACUAGCAGAGGAGGACCCACUGAGGCAAAAACGAGCAGUUGCUACGAAUAGUGCAGCAGCUGAAGAGCACACUGUUGAUACUGAGAUCGGCUUUGAAAACACCUCCUUCCUGGAGCCUCCGAAAGCUCACUUGAACAGCCUCAGUUUUCCUCUUCAAGGGAAUAGCGCUGGCCAAGCCACUCACAUUUUGAGCGUAGCAGUGACAACAGUCUGCAGACCCAGUGGAAAUGAAAUCUGGUGCUCUGGUGAGACAGGCUAUAAAUGGCCUCAGGAAAAGUGCCUUCACAGUAUCACUUGUCCAGAGCAUGAUAGCUCCCUGACAGGGCAUCGUUGCAGUUGCCUUAAAGGACUGCCUUCAAAGGGACCUUUUUGCCAGCUCCAAGGAGCAGAUGUUACCCUGAGAAUGUCAGUCAGACUCGAUGUGGGCUUUCAAGAAGAGCUCAGGAACUCUUCCUCUGCCCUCUAUAGGUCCUACAAGACUGACUUGGAGACAGCGUUCCGAAAAGGUUACAGUAUUUUACCAGGCUUCAAAUUGGUGACUGUGACAGAGUUCAGGCCCGGAAGUGUGGUUGUGGACUAUGAGAUCAAGACUAUGACACCAUCGCUUGAAUUAAUGCAUAGAGCGAAUGAGCAAGUGGGAAAGAACCUCAAUCACACCUACAAAGUGGAUGACAAUUCCUUUCAUGUAGUUAAUAAUAAUGAAACUAAGUUGUUUGCCGAGCCAAAAACCAUCCUGGAAGGGGACACGGUAACUGUGGUAUGUGAAAAUGAAAUUUUGUCCACCAAUGUGUCCUGGUAUGAUGUCAAAAUGGGCUCCAAAAUCCAGAAUAGCAGCAGAUUCUCAGUUAACACCUCCAUGCUCAACAACAUGACGUCAGUGUCGCACCUCAUCAUUUACAACGUCACUCGGGGUGAUGCAGGUGAAUAUAUCUGCAAGCUGACGCUAGAUAUUUUUGAAUACUGGGCCAAAAUAAAAAUAGAUGUUAAACCCAUGCACAUCUCGGCAAAGGAAGAAACAAAGGUGAUGUGUGACAACAAUCCUGUGUUUUUGAACUGCUGCAGUGUGACUAAUGUUAGUUGGAGUGCAAUAGAAUGGAAGCAGGAGGGGAAAAUAAGCAUCCCAGGAAACACUGAAACAGACCUGGGUUCCAGCUGCAGCAGAUACACCCUCAAGGCCGAUGGAACUCAGUGUCCCAGCGGGUCUGCGGGAACCACAGUCACCUACACGUGUGAGUUCACCAGCACCCACGGAGCCAGAGGCAGUAAGAACAUAGAAGUGACGUUCACCUCUGUGGGAGAUAAUCCCAGCCACAAAGGGGGAGUGCACGAGUUCCUAAGGCAUGUGAUGGAAAUGAGUACAGUUCAGAGCACCACCGGGAACAGCCUAGAAACAAGUAAAGCCCAGCAACAGCAAGCCAACCUAACAAUAACCCCGGACCCAAUUUCUGUUUCUGAGGGGCAAAACUUUUCUAUAAAAUGCAGCAGUGAUGUGAGUAACUAUGAUGAGGUAUACUGGAACACUUCUGCUGGAAUUAAAAUAUACCAAAGGUUUUAUACUGCGAGAAGAUAUCCUGAUAAAGCUGAGUCAGUUUUGACAGUGAAGACCGCAACCAGGGAGUGGAAUGGAACCUAUCGCUGCAUAUUUAGAUAUAAGAGUUCAUACAGUGUUGUGACCAAAGAUGUCACCGUUCACCCGCUGCCGUUAGAGACGAGCAUCGUGGUGGAUCCUUUGGAAGCUACGGUGUCAUGCAAAGGUUCCCAUCGCUUCCAGUGCUGCGUAGAGGAGGAUGAAGACUACAGAGUCACUUUCCAGAUGGAGUCCAUCAUCUUUCCUGCUGCAAAAGAAGUUAAUGGAAAGCAAGUGUGCUACACAUACAACUUCAAGGCAAGCUCGGUUCCCUGGUGUUCACAGAAGGUUGACGUGUUUUGUCGCUUUACCAACACUGCUAAUAAUUCAGUCCAGAGCCCAUCUAUGAAGGUUCAUCUGGUUCCUGAGGAGAACAUCGCAUGCCAGGAUCCCAUAAUUGGUGCCGGGGAGCCUGAGAAGGUCGUCCAGAAGCUCUGCCAGUUCUCAGACAUUCCCAGCAGCCCUGCAGGUCCCACUGGUGGGAUCUUAACUUACAAAUGUGUAGGCUCCCAGUGGAAGGUGAAGAGAAAUGACUGCAUUUUUGCCCCAAUAAAUAGUCUGCUCCAGCUGGCGAAGGCUUUGAUCAAGAGCCCCUCUCAGGACCAGAAGCUCCCUAAAUUCCUAAAGAAUCUUUCUAUCAGCACAGGCAAGGUGCAAAAUGAAGUCAAAUCAUCUCCUGGGAGCCUAGGGGCCAUUAUUAGCAUCCUUGAUCUACUCUCAACAGUUCCUAACCAAGUGAAUUCAGACAUGAUGAAGCACGUCUUGUCCACCGUUAACGUCAUCCUCAGCCAGCCCAUCUUGAAUACCUGGAAGGUAUUCCAACAGCAACGGACCAAUCAGAGUUCACAGCUGCUGGAUUCAGUAGAAAGAUUUUCCCGAGCGUUCCAGUCGGAAGGUAAUGCCAUUUCGUCCGUCCUCCACCCUCAUGUGCAGAUGAAGAGCAUGGUCGUAAAAUCCGGCCAUCCAAACAUCUACGAACAGAGCUUUGUUUUCUCAGACUCUGACCUCCGGGGCAGUGUGGUUAUUGACACGUGCCAGUUGGAACACCUGCAGCCAGGAUCAUCCGUUGUCACCAUGGCUUUCCCAACUAUCAAAACCAUCCUUGCCCAGGAUGCUCAGGGAAAGAAUUUCGCAGACAGCUUGGUAAUGACAACCACUGUGAGCCACAAUAUAACCAUGCCCUUCAGGAUCUCAAUGACUUUUGGGAACAGCAACCUUCUAAACAGGAAACUACAGUGUGUAUUCUGGAACUUCGACCUUGCCAACCGCACCGGGGGCUGGGACAGCAGCGGGUGCUACAUUACGAAGCACUAUGAGAACAGCGUCUCCUGCAGCUGUGACCACCUCACGUCGUUCUCCAUCCUUAUGUCCCCUGACUCCCCAGACCCUGGUUCUCUCCUGAAAAUACUUCUGGAUAUCAUUUCCUACAUUGGGUUGUGCUUUUCCAUCUUAAGCUUAGCAGCCUGCCUAGUUGUGGAAGCUGUGGUAUGGAAGUCAGUGACCAAGAAUCGGACUUCCUAUAUGCGUCACAUCUGCAUAGCGAACAUUGCUGCCUCCCUUCUUGUUGCUGACAUCUGGUUCAUUGUGGCCACCGCCAUCCACGACUAUUACUACCCACUCAACGAGACAGCCUGCGUGGCUGCCACUUUCUUUAUCCACUUUUUCUACCUUAGCGUUUUUUUCUGGAUGCUGACUCUGGGCCUCAUGCUCUUGUACCGCCUGGUUUUCAUCCUGCACGACACCAGCAAGUCCAUUCAGAAGACCAUUGCGUUUUCCCUUGGCUAUGGCUGCCCUCUUGUUAUCUCCGUCAUCACGGUGGCCGCCACCCAGCCCCAGGAAGUCUACAUGAGGAAGAAUGCCUGUUGGCUCAACUGGGAGGACACCAAGGCCCUGCUCGCCUUUGUCAUCCCAGCGCUGAUCAUCGUGGUGGUGAACGUGACCACCACGGUUGUGGUCAUCACCAAGAUCCUGAGACCCUCCAUAGGAGACAAGCCGAGCAAGCAGGAGAAGAACAGCCUGUUUCAGAUCAGCAAGAGCAUUGGGGUCCUCACGCCACUCUUAGGGCUCACCUGGGGUUUUGGUCUUGCCACUGUGUUCCAGGGAAGCAAUGCUGUGUUCCAUAUUGUAUUUACCCUCCUCAAUGCCUUCCAGGGAUUAUUCAUUUUACUCUUUGGAUGCCUUUGGGAUCAGAAGGUACAGGAAGCCUUGCUAAAUAAGUUUUCACUAUCAAGAUGGUCUUCACAGCACUCAAAGUCAACAUCUCUAGGUUCAUCUACUCCUGUAUUUUCUAUGAGUUCUCCACUAUCAAGAAGAUUCAACAAUUUGUUUGGUAAAACAGGAACAUACAACGUUUCCACACCAGAAACAACCAGUUCAUCCUUUGAAAACACAUCCAGCGCUUAUUCAUUGCUCAACUAAGAACUGGAAAAUCCAACCCACGUGAACUCUUGGGGAACAGUGGAAGUGCUCUGGAAAAGAGAUCCCUUCAAAGCCAUGGAUAAAAAGCUUUCUCUGCAGGCUUCUGGGAGCAGAUGCUGAAGAGACUUUUUCAUCAAGGGAAGAGGCUUUCUUUUGUAAAGACAGACUAAAAGGAAUUGUUAAGUUUAUUUUGCUGUCCCACCCCCACCCCUUGUGUGAUACCAAAUGUGUAUAGUAUUUAAGUGAAACAAUACAAAUAAGUCCCCCAAAACCCACGUUCUCUGUCUAUAUUGUAAAAUAGAAUUUUGAAGAGACAUUUUCACUUUUCACACUUGGGGCACAAAGAUAAGCUUUGAUUAAAAUAAUAAGGAAAAGUCUAGGACCUAGGAAAUUCUUCAGUGAAUUCUAGGAAGGAAAGAAGGAAGGAAGGAAACUUGAAGAAAAAAAAAAGAGGAAACAGCAUUAAGUAAGGACAACACUUUAAGAUUUCUACAUUAACAAUCUAAUACAAUGACUCCAAUACUGAAACACUGAGAAUUCAAAAGUGGCUCAACAAUGGAAAUUGGAAGUAAGCCCUGGGGAAAGUAUGGUAUCUUCCUAGUAUUUUCUUAGCUAAGAAAGAAAAAUAAAAAGGCAGUGGGGAAAAAUAGGGAGAGAAUUAUAUCAUCAGGAUGCUUUCAAGUGGUUAAAAUAUUUCUAAGAAAUGCGUGGAAGAAGACAUGGUUCUCUUGAGGCUAAACACAUACAUAUAUACUCUGCAUGUUAAGAUUUGAGCUAAUUGGAAUGAAUAUGCAGAGGAAUUAUCAUGACCAUGCAUUAGCAGUUCCAAGCAGAUCCAACUGCUGAUUACAAUUUUUAUAGUUUAUCAGAACUCCUUAUGUUUUGAUUUGUUCCACUUGCUGAAAGCAAAAAACACUUUAUUUUUGUAUCCAUUAAUUGCACUGAAAAUGGACCCCAACUGUCAUGUAUCAUAUUUAACAGCUUUUACCAGGUACUUCUCUGUGCACCAUAGAACAGAUUUUAAUAACCUGAUAGCACUGUAUAUCAUUUUUGUUGUUCCUGUGGAGUUAGUGGCCUUUGGUGUGCUGUAUAGCUCUCUCUGUAAUAGCUCUUUCAUUCCUUAUUUCCCAGACCAAUAUACAUUAAGAGUUUUGUGCUGC